AAUUUUCAGGUUCCCAUUUGAAACGUAUACGCAUAUGCUAUAGCUUCCAAGCGCUAUAUGAGGAUUUUAUCUUAAUUUGUGGCAAAAUUCUAAUCGGAAUGUUUUUUCGUCGAGUUGAAUCUUUCAGGAAAUUUCGUAACUUUUCCAGGUUUAUUUGCAUACGGAAGUUUUCAACAGUGCGCGCAGACCAUGCUGAAACAUCGGAUUUUAACCGAGGCUCUACAGCUAUAUCGCGAACAUUCGUGCCUCUGCGUUGGAUUUCAGCCUCAGACUUAGGUCAUUCAAUUCUAGCCGAUAGUGACAAGAAUAUUUCAUUAAAAAUAGUGCAGGAAAGUGGAAUGCUGUCGCCAAAAAUGGUGUUCGCGGCAAAAAUGUUGUCGCUAUCCAGUUCUGCUGUUAGUCUUGCUAUGAUACCAAUAAUAUCGCAACUUGGAGCCCGAAAAUCGGGAACCGGAACUAUUACUGCAGUUCUGGAUUCGUUCUUCAUUUUGUAUGCCUUCACACCGAUUUUGCUGCAUCAGAUCCUGGUGAAACGAUAUAUAGUUGAUUUAUAUUAUAAUCCAAACACAGAGAUUUUCACAUCAGUACACUAUGGAUUUUUCCUGGGCAAACAAGCACUGAGAUUUCGAGCAGAAGAUGUGGUAGAUUCGAACCAUUCGCCAGAUAUGUUCAAAAUAUGGUUUCCUCUUGCUACUGUUGUAAUACACGGAAAGCCUUUAAUGCUUCCUUUAAAUGAACAAGCCUAUGGAGAUGUUGAAAUUUUCAGAAAAUUAACCAAAAAUAUUAAAUUAACAAGCUAAUACUUUGUCUGUUAAUGUUCAAUAUAGUUUAUCGAAUUAAAAAUUUUAUUUCGUUUUUGUUCGUAAUCAU